AUGAACUCCAAGAUUACUCUUUUCACCAUCUUCCUUGUCGCCCUUCUUCUUCUCGCUCCAAGUGAGGCAAGACGCUCCGCCCCUACAGUGGCUCCAGCCAAGCACUAUGAUCAAGACGUUGCCGGACUAGGCUUGUACGGUCGAGGAUUCCCACAUGCCUGGGGAGUUGACAAGUCGUCUACCACCACCAAGAACCACAAUGCUGUUCAACAUGUCGUCAAGAAGAAGAACAAGAAGGUCCAACGCCGCUCAGGAAAGAACGAAGAGAUGUAA